AUGGAAAAGAAGUUGGAUAGUAGUACUGAUGACAUCAAAGUAGAGAUUCCUGCAGGUGCUCAUGACUGCAAAAUUAACUCAAUACCUGGCAAUAUUAUUAUAGAUCAUCAUCAGUUGGAUGUUCAUGAUUUACAGCAUGACGACCACCACCCGGGUUCAAGUAAAGCACCCACAUUGACGGCAAGUGGUUCUCCUCCUGUUGAAAUGGUGUUAGAAACUACUCAGGAAGUCGCCUCUCCUCCUGCUGUAACACCAGAUAUAAUGGCAUCGCCAGCAGGCAAAGCAAAUGAUGAUGAUGAUGACGGGCAUUAUUAUCCUAGACGAAAAAAACCUAAGAAACUCGAAGUUUUGUUUAUUAUCGAGUUCAGUUUAUUUGUUUGCAUUACAUUGGUUUUAAUUCUAAGCAUAACUAUGAAUAAACUGCUAGUGGAUAAAGAGAUUUGGAGUUUAGAAUUAUGGAAAUGGUGUGGUUUGGGAUUGGCAUGUUGCUGUGGCCGUUUAUUUUCAGAGUGGUUGAUGAAUAUCCUAGUUUUCUUGAUUGAAAAGAAAUUCUUACGUAGAAGUAAUGUUGGGUAUUUUAUUCAUACCGCGCAGAAGAGCUUUCAGGUUUUCAUCUGGUUAGGUUUAAUUCUACUAACAUGGGUGCUCUUGAUUAACCGAGGUGUCAGUCGUCGCUCAAGCCACACAUCCAAUGUUGUUCUAAUUUAUAUCACAAGGGGGAUUGGCUCUACACUAGUUGUUGCUGGUGCAUGGAUACUCAGAACUAUAGCUGUAAACUUCUUAUAUGCUUCAUUUUAUGAGAAAAGAUUCUUUGACAGGAUUCAGGAAAAUCUCUUCCAUCAAUCCAUACUUCAAGCCCUAGGGAAACCAUUAUUGAUGGAUCAGCUUUCAAAGGAUGAUGGAAUUAUUGAUGUAGUGCAGAAGCUCCCGAGGAUCCAACGUGGAAGGGUAUCUGCUUGGACAAUGAGUAGGUUAAUUGAAAUCGCAUCACGGACCGGCUUUUUAACACUUGAUACACGUGAAGAUAUGAUGAAUUCGGUUGAGCAGGAAAACGACAGAGAUAUUACUAAUGAAUUCGAAGCUAUGGCUGCCGCUUAUUUUUUAUUUAGAAAUGUAGCUAAACCCGGGUACAAUUACAUCGAAGAGGAAGAUCUGCUGCGUUUUAUGAACCGAGAGGAUGUGGAUAUGGUGCUUCCAAUGAUAGGAGAAGAGGAAAUUGGAAAGGUUAACCGGAAAUCCGUUACGAAUUGGGUGGUAAGCUUGUAUAUGAAGGGAAAAUAUCUGGAGCAUUCUCUAAAUGACAUAAAGGAAGCCAUAAAGGAAUUAAACAAGUUUGUUACUGGGCUUUUGGUAGUAGUCCUCAUAAUCCUUUGGGUUAUACUCAUGGGUAUUGUUAAAACAGAGGUGUUGCUGUUCAUCUCAUCUCAGUUCUUACUCGCCGUUUUCACAUUUGGGAGCUCUGCUAAAUCAACGUUUGAAGCCAUGAUAUUCGUGUUUGUGAAACACCCAUUUGACGUUGGUGAUCGUUGUGUCAUUGAUGGAGUCCAGGUUGUCGUAGAAGAAGUGAGCAUUUUGACUACCGUCUUUCUGAGAUAUGACAAUGAGAAAAUGUACUAUCCGAAUUCAAUAUUAGCUACAAAAUGCAUCAGCAAUUUUAACCGAAGUCCUGAUAUGAGGGAUACUGUGGAGUUCGAUUUGGACAUUUCCACUUCAGCUGAGAACAUUUCAGCUCUAAAAGCUAAAAUUAAAACGUACAUAGAUAGCAAGGAUUUCAUAUGGCAACCACCGCACAGUUUUCAGGUUAUGGAGAUUGAAGACGCAAACAAGAUAAAAAUGAGACUGUACGUAACUCAUACCAUAAACUUUCAGAAUUAUGAGGAGAAAAGCAAUAGAAGAUCAAACCUAGUGCUGGAGCUGAAGAACAUCUUCCAACAACUUGGAAUCAAGUACCAUAUUCUUCCCCCAACACAUGCUAAUUAGCCACAUACGUCGCGUGUGCAUCUUCAUCGGCGACACCUGUCGGCUGUCACAUCAUUGUAGUGAAUCUUGAUCAAAUCUAAUCAUGUUUGUUAAUUA